GACACAACUCGGCUCUCGGCACCACAGUAGGCCAUGCACCACCAACCUCUUGACUCUUAUCCCUCACCUCACCAUGUCAGCAGCUUUUCUUCUUGGUACAUGUGUUUCUGUCCCGUAUUCGCCUCUUGCUCUUUUCAUGUUGUCCCAAACACCGUAGCAAGACCUGUGCACUUCCCAAUCGAUGCCCGGCUUGCCUCCAAGUCUCGGCGAUCCGAUCAUCCUCCAGGACCAAUUGAAACUCUCCUCAGCUCCUCACCAGACGGCGCAUAAAACUCACGGUUUCCUGAAUUCCCAACAGGCUGAAAGACGCUGGUCCUUGCUUCGGUAGAAAUACCAGACGGAACAACACAACUACGUGACAGACAGCGGAGCUGGCCAACGGGACACGACGUGAGACCUGGUUACGCGAACCAAUCUUCAGAGUUGCGUCACUCCGCAUCACCCGGCACAGCGAGUCAACAUGGUCGCCUGUCUACCCAUACACCUCAUACGGCGGCGUAUGGUGCCGUUGACAUUACUACUGCUUGUCACCGGGACUUUAUACCUCUGCUACGUCCGAUUCGAUCAGAUGCCCAUGUCAGCGCAAGGUUUUCUAUCUAAAGCCCCAUUCGACGCCAGCAGCUCCAAGUCCGAGACAUCAUCCGGCGACAACCCGUCCACCCCGAACGACGCAGCUACCGAGCAAAUAACGCAGACGCCUAUGUCCUACGGCACGUACGGUCGCCCCCCGCUGAAGAACCUGAUCCCACUUCGGACCCUAUCAACAGACCACCUACCCACGCCGUCCACCUCGUCGCCACACCUUAUCAUCAUCGGCGAUGUCCACGGCCAGCUGUCGGAGCUCAAAGCCCUCCUUACCAAGGCGGGAUACUCCAAGACGCGGGGCGACCAUGUUAUCUUCACCGGCGACCUGGUAGCGAAGGGUCCGGACUCAUCCGGAGUCGUGGCUCUGGCCAUGGAGAUUGGUGCCUCGGCUGUGAGGGGGAACCACGAAGACCGCGUGCUUCUGGCUUAUGAGAACAUGAACACUCUGCACGUCGGCACCAGCGACGAGCAGGAGGAGCCCGUCGCUGCGGGAGACCAGGACGAUAUGGCCGAGCCCGCCUUCUCGCACGGCGACUACAAGGCUAGAUCGGUAGCGCAGACUCUCACCUCGGCUCAACGGAGUUGGUUGAGCCAGUUGCCUGUCAUCCUGAAGCUGGGCCGGAUACCCUCGUAUGGCGACAUGGUGGUGGUACAUGCGGGGCUGGUGCCAAAUAUCCCGCUGGAGAACCAGGACCCUUGGGCGGUGAUGAACAUGCGCACACUCGUAUAUCCUGCGGAGCAGGUACGCCGUGAGCAGAUCAAGAAGCAAUUAGAAGAAGCGGCGAAGAAGUCUGGCGGCAAGCAAAAGAAGAUCCCGGAUUCCGAAGUCGACGCCGCGAUGGAGGCUUCCCGACAACGGGGGGAAGGCACGGGCGAUCACGACGUAGCGCUGCCCAUCGACGGGCGAGAUGGACAGUUCUGGAGCGAGGCGUGGAAUGAGGCGCAGAAGGAGCUCGAUGCGCGGGAUCGGAUAAAUGUUGUUUACGGCCACGAUGCGAAGACAGGGCUCAACCUGGGAAAGUACACAUACGGGCUGGAUAGCAGCUGUGUCAAGGGGGGCCAACUGACGGCGCUGGUGUUUGAGCCUGGGCGAGCGGGAAAGGUGACGCACCGGGUUGUAAGUGUGUCUUGCGAGGCGGCUAAGGAUUUGGAAAAAGGGAAGGAUGACGACUCGCAUGAAAAGUAAAGCCGAGGAGAGGAGGGAAAUGAUCGGAAGGGUUGCGUCUUGCAUUUUCAGGGCGUUGGCACGGUGGGUAUUCUGGCAUUUGAGAUAGGCCUGGAAAGGCCAACAGUACAAUGUGGAAUGGCGUUGGAUGGGUUGUCAAAAGCUGACAGAAGUGUGUAUUUGAAGUUUGUAUAUGUUUGGCUAAUACCCCGUCGCUCGAUAUAGGGCUUCGAUUCAAAACAAGAUGUUAGAGUAUAUUACCACUGUGUUAAGUCACUUUCAAAAUCUGCUGUCAGUUUCUUAUAAACCUGUUUUGCUUAUGA